AUGUGGAAUGUUGCUUUCAGUUUCUUCAUUUUGCUCAUCGUGAAGGUAGACGUCUACAUCGCUGGCGCAGGCUUGUUUGCGAUUGUUUUGUUUUUGUUAAAUACAGAGACUGAGAUUAUUUGUGAGAACCAAGAUGGAGUAAUAGACUGUGGUGAAAAUCUUAUCAGUAUCUCAUCCUCUGUCUAUGGGCGAACUGAUGCAUCCACUUGUGGCUUGAGUUACACAACUGAUUGUGUCUUGGAUGUGGCCCCUGAAUUGGCUUUCUGCAAUGGUCAGUCACAAUGCACAGUGGAAGCUGAGAAUGAUCUUUCUGGAGAUCCAUGCUCAGGAACACGGAAGUAUCUAAAUAUCACCUACACAUGUGAAGAUUCUCUCUGUGAAACUGACUGGGUUUAUAAUGACGGAAACUGUUAUCUUUUUGAGGAAAGUGGGAAAUCUUGGGAUUCAGCAAGAGAAUAUUGUUCUGGAUUUGGUGCUGACUUAGCCAGCAUACAUAGUGAAGACGAGAAUUCAUUUAUACUUGGAUCCAUUGAAAGUCAUUCAUGGAUAGGAAUAACUGAUGUGGAAAGUGAAGGAGUAUAUACUACUUUUUCAGAUGGAACCCCCAUUGACUUUGAAAAUUUUGCAGCUAACAGCCAUCAAGAUGAAAGCCGUGAUUGUGUUAAAAUUAAAAGUCCACACGGAGAAUGGACUUGGAAGGGGUGCUUGAGUUCACAUCACUCUGUGUGCAAAAAAGCCCAUGCUGUAAACAGUACUCUUCAUCCUGUGACAAGUCCACAUGCCACUACCACUCAUCUUGCAUCUACCACAGUUCCUCCCACUUCCACAUCUGCUACCACUACUGUCCAUGAAACUUCUACUAUUCAUGCAAGGACUACAACGGCAAGCACUACCGGAAAAGCAACAACCCAACCUUCUACAACAAUUUCUGCUUCUUCAGAGUCGGCUCAUGUGGUGCCAACUAUUGAACCUAGUUUCAUUAUUGUGGAGCUGAUUAUGUAUUCCAACUAUGAAUCCAGCCUUGAUAACAUCUUCCAGGUCAAUGACACAAUCCUUGUUAUUGCAUCUAUCUUUGGCCCCUUUCAACCGUUUUCAGCUCAGAUCAUUUGGUCUAUCACAGACCAUCUAUCAGGUGAAUCAAUUGAACAUACAGUCUACUCUGAAGAUGCAGUGCUUGUCAAUUUCCCAGUAUCUUCACUUUUUGCCAUUAAUGCAAUUGCUGUCGGGACCACCCACAACCUCACAUCUACUGUGAAUGCAACAGUACUUCCCACAAUAAACAUUCUCUGCCCUGCUCAUAUUUAUGCUGGCAGAGAAGUUUGGUGUGCUCUUCUCACAGAUGACAUUGUUGAGUAUUCCAACUAUACCUUCUGUUUUGAUGGUAGUGCUUGCUCGACUGCAAACCCAACUUAUUGGUCUUUAGCUGACAUCCCAGAUCCCUUGAUAGACCGCACUUCUUCUAUGGAGGGACUUUUUGCCAGCUUUCAAAAUCAUCUGUAUUCAGAAAUUGGAUCUCGUACGAUAACAGCAGAGAUAUUUCAAAUUUUGGCCUUUUCAGUUCAAGUAGAUGUGAUUGAGAAACCUGAGUGUAUAAGGAAACUUGGAUUUGUGAAUGGAAAAGGCAACAGCACACAUCCAGCUGGGUUCCUCAGAGCAUCUGACAUUGGCAUCUCAGCCAACAUGGAACUUGAUGAAGAAUGCAAUGACCCUAUGACCUCUGACUUCAAGUGGUGGAUAUUCACAUCUGACGAAAAUGAUGUUGCAGUGAUUGCCUUCGAAAAGAUCACACAUAUUCCUCAAGUGACAAUUCCACAAGGAACACUCCCUUAUGGAAUUCAUAGCUUGAAUCUCAAAGUGGAGAUGAAUCAUAGAACAUCAGGAGAGGUGACUGGUGAAGAACAGAUCAUCACCUGGCUUGAAAUCCUGCCAUCUCCGUUGGUAGCAGUAAUCAAAGGUGGAGCUUCUCGAUCUCACGGUGUAUCUUCCAGUUUGAUAGUAGAUGGAUCAACUUCAUAUGACCCUGAUGUGACCGAUGGGUCAUCCAGUGAUCUGACCUUUGUAUGGUACUGUGUAAUGGUUGAUGGUGAAACCAUGUACUUGUCUAUGGAUGAAGCUAUGCAAAAUACAGAUGAUGCCUGUUUUGAAGAUGAAGAAAUCUUGGAAAACUCACACUCUUCCAAGGUUGAAAUUAUGUCUAGCAUCCUGAAAGCCAAUGUAACUCUGAAUUUCUGGCUCAUUGUUUCCAAAGAAGGAAGAGCAUCCGGUUCAAGUCAACAAAGCAUCCUGUUGACUCCAGGGCUUUUGCCAGAAAUAGAAAUUGAGUAA